GCCGCCGCGGCAGUCGCGGCCGUGAGAUGGCGGGGGGCCCGGCGCGGCGCUGAGCCCCGCCGCCCUACACUCACCCCCCGCCCCUGCCGCUGGGACUCCAGCAGAGGCUCGACCCCCCCUGGACUCCCCUCGACUGCAGUGCCCAGGCGUGUGCCCACCAUGCCCGUGGUCGGUGUCCUGCUCUGGGUCACCCUGCUGACGCUGGGCUGGCGGGCUGCCCACGCCAAGGACCAUGGCUUCGCCACCCCCAGGGUCCAGCUCUCUUUCAAAGAGCUGAAAGCAACGGGCACUGCCCACUUCUUCAACUUCCUCCUCAACUCCAGUGACUACCGCAUCCUGCUGAAAGACGAGGACCACGACCGCAUGUACGUGGGCAGCAAGGACUACGUCCUCUCGCUGGACCUCCACGACAUCAACCGCGAGCCCCUCAUCAUCCACUGGCCCGCAUCCCAGCAGAGGAUCAAGGAGUGCAUCCUGUCAGGCAAGAACAGCAAUGGGGAGUGUGGCAACUUCAUCCGCCUGAUCCAGCCCUGGAACCGGACCCACCUCUACGUGUGUGGCACCGGCGCCUACAACCCCAUCUGCGCCUUCGUCAACCGUGGGCGCAAAGCCCAGGGGUUUCCAUCGAGCCAGCCAGGAGGCCUUGAAAGCAGAUCCACCGACAGCCCCCUCAGCCCGAGACCAGCACAGAGCAAGGAUUAUAUCUUCUACCUGGAGCCAGACAAGCUGGAGUCAGGCAAGGGGAAGUGUUCCUAUGAUCCCAAAGUUGACACCGUCUCUGCGUUAAUAAAUGAAGAGCUCUAUGCUGGUGUCUACAUUGACUUCAUGGGCACGGAUGCAGCCAUCUUCCGCACCAUGGGCAAGCAGACGGCCAUGAGGACAGACCAGUACAACUCACGCUGGCUCAACGAUCCAGCCUUUGUCCGUGCCCAGCUCAUCCCUGACAGCAGCGAGAGGAACGAUGACAAACUCUACUUCUUCUUCCGAGAGAAGUCGGCCGAUGCCCCGCUGAGCCCCGGGGUCUAUUCCCGCAUCGGGCGCAUCUGCCUGAAUGAUGAUGGGGGCCACUGCUGCCUCGUGAACAAGUGGAGCACCUUCCUGAAGGCCCGGCUCGUCUGCUCUGUGCCAGGACCCGAUGGGAUUGAGACACACUUUGAUGAGCUCCAGGACGUCUUCAUCCAGCAGACACAGGACACCAAGAACCCUGUUAUCUACGCUGUGUUCUCCGCUUCGGGAUCGGUCUUCAAGGGCUCUGCCGUCUGCGUCUACUCCAUGGCCGACAUCCGCAUGGUCUUCAACGGGCCCUUUGCCCACAAGGAGGGACCCAACUACCAGUGGAUGCCAUACACAGGCAAAAUGCCCUAUCCCCGGCCAGGCACUUGCCCCGGGGGGACCUUCACCCCAUCCAUGAAGUCGACCAGGGACUACCCUGAUGAAGUAAUCAACUUCAUGCGCUCACACCCGCUGAUGUACCACUCGGUCUACCCCACCCACCGCCAGCCGCUGGUGGUCCGCACCAACGUCAACUACCGCUUCACCACCGUGGCCGUCGACCAGGUGGACGCGGCAGACGGGCGCUAUGAGGUGCUUUUCCUGGGCACAGAUAGGGGCACUGUGCAAAAGGUCAUUGUGCUCCCCCGGGAUGACAUGGAGACGGAGGAGCUCAUGCUUGAAGAGAUAGAGGUGUUCAAGGUGCCGGCACCCAUCAAGACGAUGACCAUCUCCUCCAAGAGGCAACAGCUGUACGUGUCCUCAGCCGUAGGAGUGACCCACCUGGCCCUGCACCGCUGCGAUGUGUACGGGGAAGCCUGUGCUGACUGCUGCCUGGCCCGGGACCCAUAUUGUGCCUGGGAUGGCACCGCGUGCACCCGCUACUCCGCUUCCUCCAAGAGGCGGAGCAGGCGGCAGGACGUCCGGCACGGCAACCCCAUCCGGCAGUGCCGAGGCUACAACUCCAAUGCUAACAAGCAGGCAGUGGAGGCCGUGCAGUACGGGGUAGAGGGCAGCACCGCCUUCCUGGAGUGCCAGCCCCGCUCACCUCAGGCCAGUGUCAAGUGGCUGCUGCAGAAGGACAACAGCGAUCGGCGGAAAGAGCUGCGGGUGGAGGGCCGGGUGCUGCGGACAGAGCAGGGCUUGCUGCUGCGCGCCCUCCAGCUGGCCGACAGUGGCCUCUACUCCUGCACCGCCACCGAGAACAACUUCAAGCACACGGUGACCAAGGUGCAGCUCCGGGUCCUCAGCAGCCGCGCCGUCCAUGCCGUGCUGGUCCAGACAGAGACCCCCCCUGGCCUGCCGGGUGCCCCCACGCCCCGCUACCAGGACCUGCUGCAGCUCCUCACCCAGCCCGAAAUGGGACUCCUGGACCAGUACUGCCAGGGCUACUGGCGGCACACGGCUGCCAGCCCCCCCCAGCCGCUGACUGGCCUCAAAGCCAAGGAGCAGCAGGACCAGAAGAAACCUCGAAACCGACGGAAUCACCAGCCAGAGACCUACGGGCAUACAUGAAACCAUCAUCAGGGACUUUGCUAGCACAAUGGUCUAUUUUUCCCCCCUUUUAAUAUUAAAAAUAUCUAUAAA